CGACAUGGGAAAUUUAACAACAAUUUUCUACGACAGCCUCAUAACAUCAUCAACAACUUGACGAACCGACGCCCGCAUCGCCGUCCCAUACUGGCGUUGCUAAUUCCGGGACGAAUUACUGCGAUCUCUAUUCUACCUAUUGCGAAUCUUUAUCCCGAUAGCAGUACCGUUUAUAUGCCCUCGAUGGCCCGUGCCAAUUAGUGAUUUCAUUCAUUCUGUUCAUCAACACUCCUUUUCGCUUUACGCCCUGUCCUCGGGCAUUCUGCACAUCCUGAUUGAUCUGAGAGAUCAUAUCAAUUCACCAUGGCGCGCCCUCUGGGGCCAGUCCGCCUGCGGAGGACAAACUACCUCACCUUGUCUAUCGGCGCGAUCCUCUGUGUUUUCAUAAUUUACUUCCUCUCCCAUACCGGUUCGACUUCACAAUCCGCCAAUGCGAGCCGAUCCGCUACCCGUAAGCCCAGUACGAAGUCGAGUCUCAUCUCCGAACGGCCUCCUGUCCGGCGCUUCAACUUAAAUAGUGUUACAAUUACCCCGGAUCCGAUUGGAAACCGAGAAGCUGUCCUUAUUUUAACUCCAAUGGCGCGUUUCUACCAGGAAUACUGGGACAAUCUGUUGAAAUUACAAUACCCUCGAGAUCUGGUUACACUUGCUUUCAUAUUACCUAAGAAUAAGGAGGGUAAUGCGGCGACUACCGCGCUGCAGGCCCAGAUCACGAAAACACAAAAAGGUCCCGUUAAGGACCGAUUUAGGAGUGUAAUUAUUGAACGACAGGAUUUCGAUCCUCCUCUAACAUCUCAAGAUGAAAGCGAACGACAUAAGAUGGAGAAUCAGAAGGCGAGACGAGCCUCGAUGUCUAGGGCACGGAAUUCGCUGCUUUUCACAACACUGGGGGCCGAUACCUCAUGGGUUUUAUGGUUAGAUUCCGAUAUCAUCGAGACACCACCUACUUUAAUACAAGACCUUGCGUCACACGAUAAGCCCAUCAUAGUGCCGAAUUGCUUCCAGAGAUAUAUUGAUUCGGAAACGGGAAAGCCCAAGGAACGCCCGUACGACUUUAAUAGCUGGCAGGAUAGUCCGACCGCGCAGGAACUCGCCUCUAAGAUGAACCAAGAUGAGAUCAUCCUCGAAGGAUACUCUGAAAUGGCAACCUACCGAGCCUUGAUGGCCUAUAUGGCGGAGAGGGAGGAUGAAAAACACCUGGAAGUACCCUUAGAUGGUGUUGGUGGUACCGCAUUGCUAGUUAAGGCGGAUGUUCACCGUGACGGUGCGAUGUUCCCGCCAUUCCCAUUCUACCAUCUGAUCGAGACCGAAGGGUUUGCGAAGAUGGCGAGGAGGUUAGGCUGGCAUGCUACUGGAUUACCUAACUAUAAAGUUUAUCAUUACAACGAAUAGAAGACGGAACUAAACAUACGGCUCGAAACGCUUUUUGUCAUAACGAACCUUGUAAUCUGCCACGAGUCUCGGAUCAUUGCAUUUUGGAGAUGAGGAGUUUAAACGUGCCGAAUUGUUUGUUUUGCGACGACGGAGCAUGGGUUUAUCGAAAUACGUCGCGGCCCGUCAUCGCUGUGGUCGAGGGAUGAGGGGGUUUUUCCUGUAGAUAUUUAUUUGUAGUAGCAGUAACAGGAGCAGUAGCAGCAUCAUAGGACGGGGAAAUCAUUGCGCUUUUUUAAAAAACUGUUUCACUAGGCAAAGGCCCAUCGGGAUUGCACCAAUACAAGGGGGGGGACCGGACUCUCGUUCUAGGCGCCUUGAAAAUUUGAAGAAAUCAUACGAUGGUUUCUUUUUCAUAU